GUUUAAUAGCCACAAAACCUACUUUUCUGAUGAAGAUUAAGUUCAUUCUCAUCUUGAUUGUUCCAAAGCUCAUGAGAUGGUUAAAUAUGAGCAUACUCUCCAGCGAAGUCGAGAACUACUUCUUGAACCUUACAAUUUCUACUAAAGAGUACAGAAAGAAGAACAAUAUCAAGCGGGAUGACUAUUUCCAACUCCUCUUGACACUUCAAGAGGCUGAAGAAAACGGCAAGAGUCUGUUAUCAACUGUUGGUGAUAAAACUGAGGAGGACGCUCUCAUCAACCAGAUGAACUACGCUCCUCAAACUCUCCAGGAGAAGGAUACUAAAUUGAUGACGGAUAGUUGUGUGACGGCUCAGACCCUGAUCUUCCUAACUGGGGGCUCGGACUCCGUGUCCUCAACACUCAUGUUCGCGCUGUAUCACAUCGCUAAGGACCCAGUUGUGCAGGAGAAAUCGGCCCAGGAGGUCCAGUCUACUCUAGCCAAACACGGUGACCUGACCUACCAGGCCGUCAAGGAUAUGGCAUAUCUGGACUUAAUUCUGCAAGAGACGCUGCGACUUUACCCUCCUAACCCAGUGGGGAUGCGGGAGUGCACCACCCCCUACCACAUCCCUGACUCGGACAUCGUGCUGGAGAAAGGGCUCUUCAUCACCAUCCCCAUCAGGGGUCUCCACAUGGACCCCAAGGUCUACCCCGACCCUGAGGUUUUCAACCCUGGUCGAUUUAUUGGCAACAACUAUAAGCCAAAUGCGAUGUACUUGCCCUUCGGAGACGGACCUAGGAUCUGCAUUGCAAUGAGAUUCGCCAUUUUGGAAAUGAAAGUUUGCCUGGCAAAACUCGUCUCUCAAUAUUCAAUUGAAGUCAAUCAGAAGACGCAGCAUCCUUUCACUUUCGAUCCUAAGUCCUUCGCGCCGAGUCCUGUAGGAGGAAUUUGGCUCAACUUCCGGAAGAGGCCAAAGACAACCGACGAAGACAUUGGAAAGGGUGAUGUUUUGAACACUGUUAAUGCUGUCACUGCUCAUUGUUUGUGUGUAUUCUGGUCUGCAGAACGAUAUCCAAGCACCGUUGAAGACGAGAUGGCGGCAGUAUCAGGAUCUUGGAUUGUGGACUCUCUACUUCUCGUAGUACUCCUCCUUUAUCUGGUCUACCACAUCUUCACCAGCACUUAUAACCACUUCAAGAUUCGUGGCAUCCCUUACCUGAGACCUGUCCCUUUCUUGGGUACCUGGGACAUCUUCUCCAAGAGUGUUACUGAACAGUCUCACAUCCUCUACAACAGCUUCCCUGGUGAAAGAUUUUUUGGAUAUUUUAGAGUCCGCGUUCCUACGCUUGUCGUGAAGGACGUGGAUCUUAUACAAAAAAUACUGGUGAAAGACUUUUCCCAUUUCCAUGAUCAAGGGUUUCCCACAAUUGAAGGUGAUCUGUUGUCCAUGAAUCUUUUCAAUCUAAAAGGCGAGGUUUGGCGGGCUAUGAGGAACAAGCUAAGUCCAACCUUCACUUCAGGGAAGAUGAAAUUCAUGUUCAGCCAAUUUAUAACUGCCGGAGACCACAUGUUGGACAACAUUGAAGAAUCAUUUUCCGAUGAACCAGUAGAUGCCAAGGCUGCUUGUGUAAACUUUGGCACAGAAGUUAUAGCCAGUACAGCCUUCGGACUCGACUUCAGCAAAGACAAUCCUCAAACAAAAUCUUUUAUUAAGCAUGGUACCAACCCUUUCGUGAAGGGCUGGAGAGCUGUAGUAAUAAUGCUUCUAAAGCUUUCUUUCCCAAGUAUUCCGGAUAAGCUCGGAAUGAGCAUGCAUCCUCCAGAAGCCACGGAGUAUUUUAUAAAUCUCGUGAAGGCCACUAAAGAAUAUCGUAAGAAAAAUAAAAUAAAAAGGAAUGAUUACUUCCAACUGCUGAUGGCCCUGCAGGACGCUGAGCAGACAGGUGAUAACUUGGAAUUUUCCCUUGAUGGCGUUGACGAUGAAGAUAGUAAAAUCAACCAAGUGGAUUAUAUUCCGGAAAAUAUCAAAAUCAGCACUAAAACUAAAUUGAUGACGGAUGAAUGUAUGGUGGCUCAAGCAAUGGUAUUUUUUAUGGCUGGGUCCGAAUCUGUUACUUCUACCCUUAUUUUCGCACUGUACCACAUCGCUAAGGACGCUGAGAUACAGGCUAGAGCUGUGCAAGAGGUAGAUACAGUCAUUGCUCGGCAUGGAGGAUGGACCUACCAAGCAGUCAAGGACAUGCAUUACAUGGACAUGAUCCUGCAAGAAAGUUUGCGUCUCUACCCUCUCGUCCCUGUAGGCAUGAGGGAGUGCACCCUUCAAUACCGUAUCCCAGAAACGGAUGUGGUUUUGAAGAAAGGAGACAUCGUCGCUAUUCCUGUACGAGGGAUACACAUGGACCCCAAAUAUCAUCCUGAUCCGGAAGUCUUCAACCCUGACAGAUUUACUGAUAAUUUUCACAAGCCCAACCCCACAUACAUCCCUUUUGGAGACGGUCCACGCAUGUGUAUUGGCAUGAGGUUUGCCUUAGUGGAGAUGAAAGUGUGUUUGGCCAAGAUACUCUCUCGGUUCUCUCUUGUCGUCAACAAGAAAACCCAAGAGCCGCUAACUUUUGACAAGGUUUCUUUCACGCCUGUUCCAGUAGGAGGUAUCUGGCUUAACUUCAAGAAACGAGAUCAGAAAUCUUACAUUGUUUCAUCUCCAAAAGUCAAGGAGAGCCAGGGUUGAAUCCUUGGUUUAGAAUUUAUAAAAAAAUACUUUUACACAAGAUACUACAAGUAAUUAUAAUGUCGGCGAUAGAUAUUGAAAUGUUUUUCUUUUUGUUAUCCUGGAAACUGUACUCUGACUUGAUUUAUAGUUUACAAUAAAACAUAAUUACAGAAAGAUGUUUAUUGGCCGGCAAUGUUAGUAUGCAUAUACUUUAGGUGCAGACCAUGUUUCAUUAUUCAACAACCUAAAGUAAGGUAAAAUGAUUCCAUUAAUUCCAAAAUUUUGUUAAAAAUAUAUAUAACUAGAUGGUACAUUACUUAACAGUAGCAUCGCCGUGAUUUUAACCAUAUAUUAUCAAAGUUUACAAUUAAAUUAUACUCUAAUAGACGUAAACAUUUAUGUUAACUUUAGAAAUUGACUAUUGUGCGAGUGAAUGUUAUACAAUGUAAAUUUACUGUAAGUAGGUUAGGUAUUUUUAAUCAUAUAUGACAUAGCGAUUACUGUACAAUGUUAAAUUGUAAGAAAAUGCAAUAAAUGUAUUAUUUGUAAAAUAUU